AUGUUUGGCUUAUCAUAUGUUAUUAAUUCUUCUUCUGCUCCUUCUCCUUCCUUGCCACCACCACCACCACCAUCACAACAACAACAACAACAAGAAGAAGAAGAAGGUUCCACUGAAUUAUUGUCACCGCCACCACCACAACAUGAUGAUCAAGAUCAGUACGACGACGAAGAACAAGAUGCGCGACAACAUAUGACGUCGGACUCUAUCACUGAAUUCAAAAAUAAUUAUGCCAAUAUGAUUGAAUCACGGAAAUGGAAAGUCAACUGUAGUCAACGAUUUGUAGAAAACAUACUCUUUGAAUAUGGAUUGAAACUCAAAAAGGAAAGUUGUGUCCAUUCAUUCAUCCUGGGUAUUGAUAAUGAUGAUAUCCGUGGCCUAUUCAAGGAUGAUGAAUUGAAAGAAAUUCAAACCAAAUGCGCCAAGGAUGAUCCUCUUUUGGCAGAUGACAUAAAAAAACUUCUUGAAGAACUGGAUCAGAAUGAUGCCAAUGCUGUUUAUGACAUACUCAAAGAUUCAACUAGACGCUAUAAAGACCACGACCAUAAAAGUAUUUUUUAUGCUGUAGUCUCUUUGUUUUUUAUGUUUGAAUCAAAUCCCAAUCCUUUGAAAUCAAGACAACUGGAAGACGGAGCUUUGUAUGAUGGCUGUAUGGGAUCAAAGCAUAUCCAUGAAUCCGAAUUGAAGUUGCCCAAGUCGCUAAAGGACAUGAUGACAAAACUCUGUGAUGAAUGUAACUGGAAUCCAACCGUCAUGAGGUUAUUGGAGGUGGUAGGGUAUUGUCGUAUCAGCGCAUUUCGUAACCAUAUGCGUACUGUUUGUGAAUUUUUGGUGAUGGAUGCUCCCAGUGGUUAUGAAUGUAAGCUAGCAAGAUCUGAUAACUAUGAAGUUCCCACUGAUAUCAUGGAAUUCCCCAAGCUUCGUCUUCUUUUGGCCAUGUGA